UGCCACUAUCUCCUCGGCGGCCUGCGAGUGUGCAUGGGCACAUUCCCGUUCCAGACGCGCGCGCGGUCAUCGUCCACCUGGAUUCUUGGACGGGACGCACCAACGACGGAGGUACGUGCCACCAUCGCCGGAUCACGUUGCACACGGUAACAGCGGCGGUGCCGUAGCCGAGCACUCUCUCUCCGGACGACCCGUUCCCGGUGACGACUGACGACGCGCGCUUUCGCAUCGAAUCACUAAGCUAACAAUGAAGGAACGUUAUCGAAAACAAAAGUUUUUGAAAAAUGUAGGUCUACAACCAUCUAAGAAUACAAAGCCUGCUGAUGAAGAAAAUGAUUCCAAUAUAUGCGAAAGACUAUGUUUUUAUUACUUUGAUGAUGAUGCACAAGUGAUAUGUCGAGGUUGUUGUAAAACUUUUAAAACAUGGUUAAAUUAUCGAAUGCAUUUUAAUACAUUAGCAUGCCACACAACUGAAACAAAUUACAAGCUAAACACUUAUAACGAUGUUUAUAAGAAAUACAAAUUAAAGAAAGCCAAGACUAAGAAAAAAAUGAAAGACCGUUUAAGUGCUGCACAACUUAUGGAUUUGGAAACUUUGAACACUCGUAAAACAAGAAAAAGAUGUUACAAAAACACUAGGGUAAUUGUGACUGUUUCAAAAUCUUCAUCAGACUCUGGUUCAUUAAGUUUAGAAAAGGUAAAUGUAAAGACGAUAAAGAAAGAAGCUGUUGAAAAUGUUAUUAGUAGUGAUGAAAGUGUUGAGGAGUCAAAAAUAAAAUCUAAACCAAAACCAAUUGGUUGCAAUACUAUUCAAGUUAAAGACAUUCCAAGUAGUUCAAAAACUGUAAUUCCAAAUACACCUCAUGACAAUCAGGCGACAUUAACCAUAAAAACAGAAUGGAAAACUAAUGACUUAUCACAGAUUUCUUCGGACGAUCACUCAUCAAGCUCUGCUCAUGGUUUAUCAAAAUUUAGUCCCCAAAACAACGAAGCAUUAAAAUAUCAGUAUGUUUGUGUUAUUUGCGAUGCACAAUUUUUGAGUAAAUGUUCACUUACUAUGCACCAAGUACAGCAUAUCAAAUCAGACCGCAGUAGUUAUAGCGUUUUUAUGGCUGCAUUGACUCAAUCUGCUAGAGUUUAGUCUAUCAAAUGUCAUUUGAGUUAUGACAUAAAGGUAACUUUAAUCCCUAUAAUAAAGUAUCAAGUCCUAUUUAUUUAUUUAUUUAUUUAUUUAUUUAACAAUGGUUUAACAUAAACUGAUUGAUACUUGUUGUUCAAUUUUAAGAGAAUAAGUUUUUUUUUUAUUUGCAUUAUUUAAGUUUUUUAUCAAACGUGCAUUACCAUUAAGUUUCACAACAUAAUGUGACCAUAGAUGUCUUUCAAAUGUAUUGUAUUUACUUUUAUUUGAUUCCUAUAU